AUGAAGCUCUCGAAAUUUGCAAAACACUCGCUCACGUUUGCCGGUCCGUCCCCCAUUCAACAUUUGAAACGGUUGUCCAAGACUUUGGGCAACAAGGUUCAGUUGUAUGCAAAGCGCGAAGAUUGCAACUCGGGACUAGCGUUUGGUGGGAAUAAGACACGUAAACUCGAAUAUAUUAUUCCAGACGCGAUUGAAGGUGGCUACGAUACACUUGUGUCCAUUGGUGGUAUUCAGUCCAAUCAAACACGUCAAGUGGCCGCCGUUGCCGCUCAGCUUGGUUUCAAAUGCGUCUUGGUGCAGGAGAAUUGGGUUAAUUACCCGCCCGAGGAAGCUCACGUCUAUGACAAUGUUGGCAACAUUGAGUUGUCCCGUAUCUUGGGCGCAGAUGUACGUCGGAAUGCAGCAGGCUUUGACAUUGGUAUCCGUCCAAGCUGGGAGGCAGCCAUGGAAAGCGUCAAGAAGGCCGGUGGCAAGCCAUAUCCCAUUCCAGCUGGCUGCUCAGAACAUCCAAAAGGUGGCUUAGGCUUUGUUGGCUUUGCAGAGGAAGUUCGGCAACAAGAGAAGGAGCUGGGCUUCAAGUUCGACUAUGUCGUCGUGUGCGCUGUGACAGGUAGUACCAUGGCCGGCAUGGUGGUUGGCUUUGCAGCCGAUGGACGAGCGAACAAGGUCAUCGGGAUUGACGCGUCUGCUACACCUGAAAAGACCCGCGAGCAGAUACUGCGUAUUGCCAAGAACACAGCGGAUCUGGUCGAGUUAGGAUGCGAAAUCACUGAAAAGGACAUUGUGCUGGAUACGCGUUUCGGAGGACCAGAGUACGGACUGCCUAAUCAAGGCACACUGGACGCCAUACGACUAUGUGCACGUACUGAGGGUAUGCUGACUGAUCCUGUGUAUGAGGGCAAGUCCAUGGAUGGAAUGAUCUCCAUGGUGCGCAACGGAGAGUUCCCUGAGGGCUCCAAGGUAUUGUAUGCCCACCUGGGUGGCUCUCCGGCACUGAGUGCCUACAGUUACCUAUUCAAGGAAGGAUAA